AUGUCUGGCGUAGAAGCUGGCGCGACAAUCGUUGGCCUCGUCGGCUAUGGGCUCACGUCCCUCAAAACCUUCUAUCAGUUCAUUUCCAAUGUCAAAGAUGGGCCCGAGAAAGUGCAGGAUCUCGCAAACAACCUCAAAAGCCUCCAGGCUGCGUAUGAGCGCAUCCAAGCCCUCGGCGACCUUCCAGGCAUCUUUGCGUCCAGUCCUUCGCUCACAGACUUGCUCAAGGAUUGCAACGAAAACAUUGAAAGGCUCCAAGAGAAGAUCGGAAAGCUUCAAGUUCAACCGAGUGACAAGUUUCCCGGCGUUGUGUGGAAACGGCUGAAGAUGGCCUUGAACGACGAUGAAAUCGCGCAAGACCUGAGCAUUCUCUCUAGUUACGUCAACAAAUUCACGCUGGAAAUUAGCGUGAUUGAACUAACGCAGGACACAUGUCCCAACUGGUAG